AUGCCGUCGUGUGUUUUUUGCCGACACGAGGUGCCAGACAAGAGCGAGUACAUGUGUGCAUGCACCGAGUUGACAGAGAUCCGUCAUGUACUUGGUCUGCAGGAGAAACAGACGAUCACUUCCAAUGCUGCGGCUUCAGUGCCAAGCAUUCACCCCGCCAGCCUUGCAUUGCGUGAGUCUGUCUCCAUGACUCUCUCGCACGCCGAUUACACCUCCCUCACCCGGUGUCACACCGUUGAAAGGCUCACAAAAGACCAGGUGACUUUGUUUUGGGAACAUGCUGCAAUGUUUGCCGCGGAACAUAUACUGAACGCUGCCAGCGGCUCGUUGCGGCGUGGCACACCUGUAAUGGGAGUCUUCAUAACGCGGAAUGCCCCGGCGGACUUCACCGUGGGCCUCAUCACACAGGGCACACUGCGAGACCAACGUUUGCAAGACGCGCUUGCUCAGUUCUCCAGUCCGCACGCGCUGGCUAGGGUGCACGCAGAGCUCCCUCUUUGUGCUGCACACCGUGCGGCGACACUGCGUCUGUGGUGGGAACCACGAGCAGAGCGUGUGACCCCGCACCGCGUUAUGCCUCCAAUGAAAGUGAUUUUAGAGCAGCAGCAGGAGCAUCAGUAUCAGCAGCAGGGACAGUUGGAUGAAACACAUCUGUGUGGCUAUGUUGCAGUGAACGUGUUUCUUUGUCGUCCUGCGGCGUCACAGCUUUGUGGUUCCACGCGGAAACUAUUGAAUGACGCCGUUGCAGCCACUUUUGAGAAGACAACAACCCAUGCUGCUGACAAGAUAUCGAGCAGGAGGAAGAAAAAGGCUGCCGCAUUUGUGGUUGAUGACCCGCAUGGAGCCGCCCGCUCCAGGGAGCAGGAGCAGUGGCGGCGUACAGUCGUCCUGCACUUCGACGACCUUUUUGUCCUCGAAGAGGGCGAGCACCUCAUCGGUGUGGAGGUGGAGAGGCUGCCGUCGUACAAGGCAUUUGUACCUGCGCUCUACGGCCACUUGGCUCCUUUUCUUGUGGUGGCGCACGAGGACGCCUAA